CGAAUUAAACAGUUCAUAAUUCCUCGAGUGGUCAACGGGAUGCCUCUGAAAUAUGUUGCGACAGUGUGUCAGGUUAGACCUGCAGUUGGAGCUCAAACAAGGUAAACUAAUCUGUUAUUUUGUUGACUCAAAAUUUUGAAGAAUCCACACAAGAUUCCAGUUUCAACUUAUAAUGUGAGGAUACAGCCAAGGAGCGAGGGGAACAAGAAGGAGUGGCCUACGUGCUAUCAGGUGGCACAUGCCUUUCGCGAAUAAAGAAGAAAGCCUUUUCUGUUGUGUACUCAACUUUUUCCAAAAGAGGAUUGAAAAGAUAAAAAAAGAAAGAAAUGAAAAUAAGUAAAAAGCAACCAAUCCAUCAUGUGGACACUGGACAUCUCAUAGUGUAAGACGAGGUUUCCGAUUGGCUACAGGGAUCCACCCACCAUUAUAUCACGUGACGGAGAGAGAGAGAGAGAUAGUUCCCCUUGCUGUAUCACAAUCACAGGAUCGUUCUUUUCUCUCUCACACGUACUAGAACUUGCUGUCAAUGGUGUAACACAGCCCGACCAGUCAGACAGAGAAAACAGCUGCCCGCUGCGUGAUGUUACUACGGCGCUCUGGACUGCAAUAUCAUUGUAAAGUGACGUAAGUGAUUACUUUGAAAUAAUCGGUAUGGACUAUGUGAUUUUGAGUGUGCAUGCACAGCACUGAAGUGAACUCUCUUGACAAUUUCAUAGGCACUUAUAGUGCAGUGACUGCAAAGUAAGACACCGCAUUAAUAGGCUACAUUCAAGGUUAAGCAUUUACAGUUGCAAAAGCAUGAAAGAAACUGCAUUGUUAGAAGACAGACGCUAAUAUUUCCGUAAAGCAUUAGCUUCACCAAGACUUGGGUUACCGUUUUGUGUGCAUUGUUAAUAAGUGCGGACAACUAAAAUAUAUUUAGAAAAAUAAGCAUGGAAGGAACAUUUAUACUAAUAACAGAAGCAAUGAAUGAAUUAUUUUCUUGCAACAUCCAUAUAAAACGUAGUCCUGUUUCUCAAAGAAUUGUUAAUGGUCACGAUAACUGGAACUACUAGGCCCCUUACACAUCCACACACACGAGGCCGAGCAUUCAAAACAAAUAUUGAUUCUUUUAAUUAAGCCAACGGCGCGUGCUAAGAGACAGACAAGUGUUAGCAUGCAAUGGGACUUCGAAUACAACGCAAAGCGUGGGAAUGAAUUAUUCAUAAUCAACAGUAUAUGCGCUUCAUUGUAGCACAGCAAAUAUUUAUCAAACAACGUCACCAAAGGCCAUACCACAAAUUAAGAGACAUUUCCUUUAAUACAGGCAAACUGUUUCAGGUGGAGCAAACACAGCAACAACAGUAUUAUGUGAUAAAUGUUGCGAUGAAUUGUAGAAUAAUGAAGUGAAAGCCCUCUGCAAAUAAUAAUAAAAACAUUUCCAAAAUUCAGCACAUUUUUAAUACGCGAAACCUACAGGAACUAGCACACGGCUGUUAUCGGGGUUUGCAAUUUAACUCAACGAACAGAAUGCGGAAUUUAAUAUCCAAUAUAAUAAGUCCGGCGUACAGUAUAUUUCUGCGCACGAAUAAACUGAUUUAAUUAUUUUAUCGCAAAAAUGAUGAUGAUGAACAUUGGUAUGUACGGAAUGUGUAACACAACUGACACCUUCAGUAGCUACCACCAAGUUGGGUCCAACAAUAAUCACCAUAAUCACCACAACAAUCACCACCUGCAUCAUCACGGAACUUCAGUUAUUCAUCAUUACAGCUCUUCCUCUGAGAUUGCUCCAUCCUAUUCUUCAGCGACAGCCACUACACCUCCAGAGCAUCACUUCCACCACCACCCAGCGUCUUACUACACCACCCAGGUAUCGGUCGACACUUACGACCCAUCACCUAACGCAAAUAACCAGGGUCUGCACAGCAACGAAGCCUGCAACAAUGAACAAAGUUCACCUCCCCCAACAGCAACGCAAACAAAUGAAAACAUCGGUCCGACACCUACGUCUUAUUACAAUACCAAUUCUGGUUCGUUGCAUCAGCAUCAGCAGCACGCACAGGACACGUCACAGGGGCCACCACAGCAGCAAGACGCCAAUGUGAUAAUCACUUCUGACAAUGGACUUAGUUAUACGAAUCUGGACUAUGGGGCAUCAAAUACCCAAGCAAAUUAUCACCAUCCACAUCACCACAACACAAUGACACCAUCUCUCUCCACGGAUCACCAUCCAGUUCUCUAUCCUUCAACAACCAUCAACUACGUCAACAAAAAUCAUCACCAUCACGAAGAAAUGGUUCAUCAAGAGAGUCAUCAGCACGAAGAAAUGCUAUCACACCACGUCAGUCAUCACCAACAGCACCAACAGGAGGGGUAUAAUGUCAGUGGAAGUCAUUAUAUGCAUCACUCUGCUACAUCUCCAGGCACACCAGAAGCUGCUCAGUACUCUCCAGUUCUGAGUCAGCACCAUCAGAGUCCACCUCCAAUAUCUGCAGAGUAUCAUGCAAUUCAUCAUCGCCAUUACAAGGAGGAACCUUGUCAUCAGUUGCUAUCAGAGAUGCAUCAACACCAAAUGCAUUCUGCAAGCACGGCAGUUGGUGCGGGGAACGGUACUGUGAUGAUGGCAACACCUGGGAGUGCAGGGAAUUUCCAUCAUCAUUCAUUGCAUCAUCAUCACAUGCAUCACCAGACUCCCGGACAUCACCAUCAUCACCAUCACCACCACCUGGCGCAACAGCAGCAGCAACAGCAGACAACAACGGCGGUGCCCACAUACAAGUGGAUGCAGGUCAAGAGAAACGUCCCGAAACCUGCAGCACCAAAAUCGGCGCCUUCGCUCGGUGACUACAACACCGUGAGUUGCACAAGCAGUGGGUACGGAAGUGGCCUGGUCGCCGGCCCGGGGGUAGGCCUUGGAGGUUGUAACGUCGGUGGCGGAGGUCUCAUGGGAACCGGGGCCCUCGGAGGAGUACUGGGGGGUCCCAACAGCCUCAACAACACUGGCAGAACAAACUUCACGAAUAAGCAACUGACAGAGCUUGAGAAAGAAUUCCAUUUCAACAAGUACCUGACAAGGGCAAGAAGAAUCGAGAUAGCUUCUGCUUUACAAUUAAACGAAACACAAGUAAAAAUCUGGUUUCAGAAUCGUCGAAUGAAACAGAAGAAACGAAUGAAAGAAGGUUUAAUACCUACAGAGCCUAUUACUAAUGGCGGACCUUGUGGUAGUGUUGGUAGUGCAAAUAUUUCAAAUCUUGGUGGUGUUAGCAGUGGAAGUAACUCGCCCACAAGUGCUCACAGCAACAGUGACGUCACAAUUGCACCUCUGAGUAACGAGAACAGCCAAGAGAUGUCACCAUCAGCAACAGACCAUUAACUAAUAUGUUGGUGAAUUUUAAAUGCAAAGUACUCAGUAAAAAGUCGCAGGUUCAGCUCAAGAUAACACGCAGCCUUGCUUAUAUAUACGUGUUUCAUAGAUGUAAAUAUGUAGGUUUAAGAUUGUGGAUUUAAAUAACCAGUAUGCAUUAAAGAAUGGAAGCAAAUUUGUGCAAUGCAAUUCCAUUCGAUGUUAGUUUUCCAACUGUUCUACUCCCACAAUAUAAAUCCAAAGCUGACUGAGAGGUUUUGCACCUCCCUGUUACAAUAUACUACAUAUUGACACAGGUCAGACUGAUAUUACAGAAUGGUAGGGUUAUAUGUUAGGCCUAUAUUACUAGUCUUUUCACCAGGGGCACAUGCGAUAAUUGUGCAAGACAUAUACACGUACAUAACUCCUUCUUGCUAUGUAGAUUUAGCAUUCCCGGCGGCACCUAAAUAUAUGAGUCACAUUAAAAAUUACGAUGGCUCAUGUCGCUUAUGGGCGUUUGUCUCAUGUUUUCUAGGUAUAAUUUCUUACGAAGCUAAAUACUUACAAUCGAAGAGCAAAGAAU